GCAAAUGGAUACAUAAUAUAUAACGGCGAUGAGAAUUAUAACAGAUUUGAGUUUACAGAAUGAAUUGAGCGCUGUGUUUAUGUGCAGUCUGCGCGAGUAAGGGAUGCGCUCCGGGGCUGAAACAACGGUUCGUAUGAUUUAGCCGGCGUCAGGCUUUGUUGUUCAGGAUGGUUAAACUUCGACUACUCAACGUGAUUGCCCCUGCAUACUUCUACACUGCCACCGUGGUCACAUUCGCCCUCUACUUCCUCCUGUUCAUGCCCACUAUUUUCCAAACCCCAGGUGUAGCGUUAAGUCCCACCAUGCUGGUCCACACUGCCGUCUUUCUGUUCCUCCUGGGGAAUGCUCUGGGUAAUUACACUAUGACUAUAUGGUACCCGUCUGAGAGUGCCAAUGAGACCGUUAUUCCGGUCUGUUCACCGGACUGCUCAGACAGAAUAGAUGCGCACUACCUCUUGAAUGGACGCCACUUCUGUAAAGUGUGUAAGAAGGUGAUUCUUAAACGGGACCACCAUUGCUUUUUCACAGGAAAUUGUAUUGGGAAUAGGAACAUGCGUUACUUUAUUAUGUUCAGCAUCUAUACGUCCUGUUGUUGCCUGUACUCCUUGGUAAUUGGGGUGGCCUAUUUCACAAUAGAGUACUCCAUUUCUUUUGAAAACCCAUUGACAUUCCUCACACUUUUGCCCCUGUCCACAGGCUAUUUCUUCCUUGGUUUGAUUUCAGGUCUUCAAUUCUUUCUGGUUAUAAUGCUUUAUGUCUGGCUGGGUAUAGGGCUUGUGAGUGCUGGCUUCUGCUGUCAACAGCUUCUACUAGUGGCCCGAGGGCAGACCUGGUGUGAGCUGCAAAAAGGUCAAUUGUCAGAGUGUCGUGGUACCUGGCGGGCCAACCUGAGUGACGUUUUUGGUUCACAAUGGGCUCUGGGCCUUUUCCUGCCAGUACAGACUGUUGAGACCAUACCUGGGAACUGGCAAGUCUACCAUGACCACAAACAUGACUAAAGACCUGAAGACUCACUUUUUGCCAUAUCGUUGUGUUCAUUAUAAUUUGACCUGUAUUGUUAUGUGUGAUAAGGGCUUCAAUUCAUUAAAGUUGUGUAAGCCCAGCUGAUCUACCUUUUUAGUGGGUUUCUGUCAUCACUGCACAAAUUAGGAGAGUGUUACGUAAAGAUGUGGUAAUGUACUACCCAUAUCAAUGUCUAUCAGUAGGUGUGCACCGAUCGGAAUCGGCCAAUAUUCUUAAAUCCGUGAUCGGCUAUCGGCCGAUUGUGCCUAGAUUUAGGGCCGAUCUUUUUUGCAGCAUGCAGGGAAUCACACAUACACUGCUACUGUAAUGAAUGAGCGCUUUCUCAGCUCUGAUGCAUGACAGUGUGGCCUCUGGAGGGUGAAUUGUUGGCAAUUCUAAACAUUCACGAAUGUAAACUUUCAGACAUGAUGUAAUUUAGAUGAAUAUGCCGGUUUGUUUUUAAAAAUGUGUAAGAAUUACACAUGUAUGAAUAUUAAGUUGCCCAUUUUCUAUAGUCAUUACGGUAGUAAUUCUGACUCGCUGCACUGUGAGCACGGAGAGGAUAAAGAGACUGCUAACAGGUUUAAAAACGAAUUAAACAACAAAUAAAAAUGCAUAUACAAAUCUGAGUAUACGUGAUGUAACGUAAGUCGUGACAAUCAGACGUUGUGUUGAGCGAUAGAGACUGUUUGAGCAAUCAUGAGCACUUCCAGCUUCACUCCUUUCAGUAUGCUCACUCACGGUGCCAAUCAAACAUGCGCGCUCUCCAGGUGCUCUCUAUAUCUCGUCAGUCACUCAUCUCAGUGCUAUUCUGUGAGGAUCCCAAUUUAAAUCAGAUUAAUGUUGUUCACAUUACCACAUAAUCACAGCAAUUACAUUUGGACUAUAACGGCACAGCAUCUUCACGCAUUUGCUUAAUAAUUAGUGAUUUGUGUUACAGCAAAACGCUAAAGACAGUAAACAAAUCAUAGAUAUUAAUGAUUUCUCACUGGAGCAGUUUUAGAGCUUGUAAUGGAUCUAUUUUUCUUAUUUUUGAACAUAUCUCUGCUGUGUGUGAUGCUCUCAUUGUUUUUACUGCUUACCAGUAUGUCACAAUGACCUUUUGAUAUUGACAGCAGAGCUAUUCAUAACCAAAUUCAUAACUGUUUCAAAACAAAUAAAUGUUAACAAUUCACAAUUAAUGUAAUUUUAAUGUAAUUUUGGUAACUUUAUAAAAAGGUUCAAUUCUUUAACAUUAGUUAAUGCAUUAGGUAUCAUGAACAAACAAUGAACAAUAUAUUUUUACAGCAUUUAUUAAUCAAUGUUAGUUAAUAAAAAUACAAUUGUUCAUUAUUAGUUCAUGUUAGUUCAUAGUGCAUUAAUGUUACUAAUACAACUUUUGAUUUUUAAAAUGUAUUAAUAUAUGUUGUAACUAACAUUAAGUUCAUUAGUUCAUGUUACCUACAAUAAUGUUUACUGUGUGGGGAAUAAGCAUACAGUAUAACAGCACAAUAUAACUUGCAAAAGUGUAGCUAAGGGCACUUUAAAAAAAAAUCGGUAUCAGCCGAUCUUAGUGUUAAAACAAUCGGAGAUUGUAUCGGCCUCAAAUUUCCUGAUCGGUGUACCAGUAGUGCUUAAUAUGCAGUUGUUGCCUCUAAUUUCACAUAGCUACAGAUAUUUUUUCAUUUAUGGCCAGUUUGGCCUGUAAAAGAGCAAAUAAACAUCUUUUUGAUGAACUCUUUCAUUCUUUCUUGUCUGUUGCUUAAACAAAGAAAAUAAUCGGUAUUGGAAUCAGCCAUGAAAAAUCAUGAUCGGUGCACCCCUAUCUAUCAGCACUGUGUUGAAACUCAGUUCGAGCCCUAGUUCUGUGCAGCAGUGAUUAGCUGCCGUAACAUCAGAAAAGGAGGUCUGUUACUCAAACCAGCCCGUCAGGCACCAACAAUCAUGCCACGGUCCAAAUCACAGAGAUCACAAUUUUUUCCCCAUUCUGAUGGUUGAUGUGAACAUUAACUGAAGCUCCUGACCUGUUUCUGUAUGAUUUUAUGCAUUGCACUGCUGCCACACGAUUGGCAGAUUAGAUAAUCACAUGAAUAUGUAGCUGUACAGGUGUACCUAAUAAAGUGGUCAGUGAGUGUAUAUACUAUAUAUACAGCAUAUAUAGAUAUUUAUACCAUGGUCUGUGCUAAUACUCGAUUCUGAUUGGCCGGAAUGUGUGCAGUUCAAACCGUUGGAUGCACCGGUUGUUCCGGUCAGUUUUAAUCACCGUUUGAUAUUAAUGCGCUGUUUGUAACCAUAGCAACAUAACAUUACAGAGCAAGCAGAGUGAAAAUUUCCUAACAACUUUUAUCAGCAUAGCUAAUAUAAUGGAAUUCCACUUGUUUUGCACGGAGGGUGAGAGAUUGAAAUCAGGACCUAUUAAAUGCGUCUUUGGCUGUCCAGCAAGGCGAUGCAAGACAACUGAAACUGUAAUGUGUUGUGUAUGUUAUGUGCUGAAGUGCCGCUUAUAGCCACUAGAGGCCCCCCUCCACGCUCACACAUCUCUGACUCAAACGCUGAAGAUGAAGCGCUGUUUGUUUGCAAAACGCAGUAAAUGCAUUUUUGCGGUGAAGCGCUACCGUGCAGGGACAAAUAGCGAUUUCAUUAAUUCUGUCAAUUGUGCAGCCUUGAUGGGUACCGUACCGAUGACUCAGAGGUCCAAAUCUGCAGGUUCCAGAGUGUUUUGAAUGGUUUUCCCCUUAUUAUACAAGUCCACUAAUGAUUCCAUCGCUUUCAGCUCGCCGUCUCCAGAGUUCUGGAGGGUUAGCUGCAAUCUGGUCCAGACUUUGGGGUCUCCACUACAAAUGGCCUCCAAAAAGAGAAGCGCUUGUGUUUGCAGAAGUUUGGAGAAUGGGCCUCUGAGAUGUUCUCCGCAUCACAACUCUCAGUGACUGUUGCACUGGGACACUUUUGAGGUGAUGAAGUGAGGAAUGAGUCAGAGCAAAGCGAGAAUGG